AUGCGCCUCGGGUGACGCGGCGGAGCGGUGUGCGAGCGGGAUGCCGGGGGAGGCGGUGACGCUGCAGCUGGGGCACUACGCGGGCUGCGUGGGCGCCCACUGGUGGGGGCUGCAGGCCGCCGCGCUACGCAGCCCCGCCGAGGCUGCCGAGCUCCGCGCCGCUGCUCUGCUCCGGGCCGGGCGGGAGGCGGGCGGGCGGGAGUCGCACACGCCGCGCUUGGUGGCGCUGGAACUGAAAGGCGGCGUGGGCGCGCUGAGGCCCGGCGGCGCGGGCACGGAGGCGCCGGUGGCCUGGGACGGGGAGGUGGCGGCCUACCUGGAGCGCGCUUCGGCCGGGGGCUCCGCGCCGCGGGACGCCGGGAGCCGGACGGAAGACGCUUCCUCUGACAGAAAGGGCAGUUCCAGUGCUUCGGUUCAAGGCGCAUCUCCCGCCCCUUCGCGACUCGCUGUUUCCCAGGAAGUUUACUCGGGUGGCAGCAUGCAGGUCUGGUCUGAUUACCUCAACGUGCACUUGCAUCCCAAGAGCAUCUACGUCAUCCGUCAGUACAUGCACGAUGGGGAGUGUGGUUGCCUAGAAGCCUUUGGACAAGGUGAAAGUCUCCUGCGGGAUCCUGGCUGCAUAGAGGAGUUGGAAGAUCGGUUGCACUUUUAUGUUGAAGAGUGUGAUUAUCUGCAGGGGUUUCAAGUCCUCUGUGACCUACACAAUGGAUUCUCGGGAGUUGGUGCCAAGGUGACAGAACUGCUCUAUGAUGAGUAUUCAGGAAAAGGAAUCCUGACCUGGGGCUUGACUCCAGUCAUGAGUAACAUGGGAGGUUCUCAGAAGAAUUUUUACAGACUGAUGAACACAGCCCUAGGAAUUGUCCAUCUCUCCAGUCACAGCUCGCUGUUUUGCCCCCUGUCACUUAGUGGGAGUCUAGGAAUCAAGCCACAACCUCCUGUUAAAUUUCCGUAUAUAAACUAUGAUGCAUCACUUAACUACCACAGCAGCGCAAUUUUGGCAGCAGUGCUUGACACCCUUACAGCUCCUUACCGGCUCUGUUCCUCUCAGGGGUCUAUGAUGCACCUUGCUGAAACACUUAACUUCUCUGGGAGAAAGGUUGUGGCUGCAUGGGCUUCUGUUCCCUUUCCUGCCCUACAUGGCUACUCACUCCCUGAUACUUUAUGCGCCUACCAGCAAGACAUGCCCUGGAAGCUUCUGUCUUCAUGUAGGGAGCAGAAGGUCAGCUGCUGUUUUGCUCAGUCUGUUGUGCUACGAGGAAUUUGCAAAGAAAGUCACAUCGGCAGCUGUCCAGAAAAGCAGGCCACUUCUCCACUCCAUGCUUGUGAGAGCACUGAGCAGAUUCUGCAGCAUUAUUUACACACUCUGUUUCCUGCGGCAUUCAGCACAUCCCACGUGCUUGAGCAGCCAUGUAACACCCUACCUCCAUACCCCCAGUUUUUUUCUCCUCUUCUGACCAGACAAGGCUUCCUCCUGGACAAACCUCCCAGUUAUUCCUCAGCAGCUGUUGAAAGCAUCCCUGUACUAGCAGCCCUGCGGUCUUCACCGGUUCUGCACACGCUCCUCUACAGCUUAUACAAGGAUCUACAGAAAUUGAACACACGGCGAUGGCCCAGCUUCUUCUCUGCUGGAGUUGAACAGGAUGACUUCCAGGAGGCCUUACAGGAGCUAAGAACUCUAUCCCAGUGCUAUGAAAUGGGUUCUGAAGCAGAUGAAUCUGAAGAUGAAGCAGAUGCAGACUAACUCAUCUUUAUUACUAGAGAUAGUGGAAGUAAGAAUGUCUUUAAAAUCACUUUCAAAAUAAAGGGAACGGCUUUAAAGAUGGCCCAACUGCUACUUUCUUUUCAGUAAAAUCCUGCUACAAAGGCUGGCUUAAGUUCUCCAGCUACUUGCAGUUGUGUUGUAAAGGAGGAAAGCUGCUUUUUUGGGCCUGUUUUUGUAUGUUUAGUUUUUUUAAAACUUUGCAAAGUGAAUUUGCUCUGCCUGUUAGAAUAAGACCACACAAUAAAUACAGAAUUCAGAUUGUAACUUUCCCACAUACAAUCAAUACAAGGGGAAAACUUACAAAAAAUCAUGUGUGUGUGUUCCACAUGAAAACAGACAUCUUAUGAUACAAUAUUUACAUAUUCUUUUCAAAGGCUGGUGGCCCAUCUUCACCAUGCAGUGAGGUCAAUGUCCACAAGCAUCACUUCUGUCAUUUAAUUGUUGCAGCUCCCCAUGUAGGUUCUAGAGGAUGUUAUCACCCUCACCCCUUUCUUCACUCCUUUAGUUUGAUACAGAUUGAGAACUGCAGCUGGUCAGAAGUGUAGCAGGAAAGUGAACAACAAAAAAAAGGUGCUAUCUUAAGUAUCUGUGCAAACAUUUUUCCUUUAUCCACAGCACCUGUCUAGCAGCAAACUGGCAAACAACUCUCCUUCUGGUGCAGUCAGUAGCUUAUCAAGCCACAAUAACCUUAGUCAUCAGGUUCUUCCUCAGAAAGCAGAAGAUCUUUAUCUGACAACUGGUCUGUGUUACUGGUACUAGUUGCAUCCUCCUCAUCUUCAGAGCUCCCAUCACAGGAUGUAUGAAACAGCCUCAUCAGUUCUCUGAACCUGUGGGAUACCUGAAGAACAAGGGAAAUCCAAGAUAACUAGUGACCUAAAAGGCGGUAUGAAAUGCAAAUUUCACAUUAUGGAGUUCAGGGUGUUUUGUGCAUUUACAUUAAAAAAAACCCAAUCACAUUUUAUGGAAGAUUCAAUCAUAAAGGAAAAUAGAAAUAGAAGAGCACUGGGUUGUUCUGUCUUCUUUGGAAGAAAGUUAUAUAUUACUGACUUGCAGGUAAAAAACUGGCAGUUUGGGAAGAUUCCUAGGCAGUAAUAUGAGGAAGGUUAAGAGACAAAACCCAACAGAUUCCUUGUGUUGAAGCAGAAGGCUGAAGACCCAAGUAGCAGUCACUGAAACAAUUUUGGUACCAAAUAUAAGGCUAGAAUAUCAGUGCUAAUAUAAGAAGGACCAUAGCAGUCAUGAUUUUUGGCUCCACCAGAACAGAUCAGGGUUGGUUUGGGUUUUUUAUUUGCAAAUGGGAUUAUUUUUCUCUGAUGCAGCAUCAAAUUAAAGUUAAGUUUGGGAGACUACAUGACAGCAAACCUCCACUUUUCCUUCCUUUUCCCACCUUUUCCCCAUUCACUGUAGCAGAUGCAAGCUUUUCCACACCAAUGCCUCACCUCACUAGCUGUCUUGUUGCCUAGUUUCUGUGAGAUGGCAUGGAAUGUUUCCAGAUGGGCUCCUUUCUCCUGACAGGUGGUGAGGAUGACUCUGUCAGCCUCCCUGCAAAACAGUACAGUAGCUAUUAAAGCAGUUGAAAACAAGCGUUGACACACUUCAACCACCACAAGCCCAAGAGGCCUGUUCCCAGCUUUGCGAGGGCUCCAGUCAACUUGGACUUGGGCAUGAAAGUCUUCAAUGAGCUGCAGUGCUCCCUUCAAGUUACAUGGCUGGAACAUUGUUUGAAAUUUAGGAUUGAACGACUGACGAAGGAGUGCAGAGCUUCGAGCAAAGUUACCAAGUUCGCUC